AUUUCUUAAUAUUUUUACAAUUUACUAUAUUCUUAUUUACAUUUAUUUCAUUUGUUUCAUUUUGCAUUUUAUUUUUAAAUACUUAACCAGGCCGAAAUCGUAAACUUUCUAACGUCCCAUCUACGCAAGCCAAGAUGGGAUACGCAUGUUCGAGGUCCGAAAAACUGCGCCUCCUCGGGAAAUCUGCCCGUCGCGCUACGACAGAGAGCGAUAAUCACACAAUGACUCAUUCUCACUCCAGGCCGGGCCCCACGGAGCGUGACGUCCCAGCUUUGUCUACGUGUAACUCAUCCCAUUUUCAUUAUGUAAGCGCCCGUUUACUAUGCAUCUAGGCCCAUUAGGGCUCCACGCGGCAGCGGCGUCUUCAAAACGAACGCGCAGUCGAAAGACACGCUCCACACUCAGGGUCGACAUCGCGUGCGGAAAUCGAGGAGCUCCGAAACCCGCGUUUCUUCACCGGCGUAACAUGAACUUUGCGAUUCGCAAGAGAAUGGAUCUAAGCUCGCUCAAACGUUUUCAAUGAAUGAGGAAAAGAGAAUUUACGAACAUUGAAUAUAGAGGCGAGACGAAAUAAAUAGAGGGAAUCUUAAAAACAUUAUUAUAAACUAUUCAGAAAUAAUUAAAAAAUAUAGUUUAUAAAAAAUUUCUACAAAUUCUAUGUUACACUGUAAGCAGCUAUCAUAAAUAGUUACCAAGAUUGACUGUUUGACCGAUUAUUUCUUGAUGUCUCGAGUCAAGAUCGCAUAUUAUUAUCAUCAGGCUACAUCCGGAUCAGAAGCGAAAAGAUUCAAAGAGGCAGGCACCGUUAGACUACAAUUAUCUGUCCGUAGGUUCCUGAAAUAUGAUGUAGCUCUUGAGACGGUUAUAUUCGAUGUAUGCGUAGGUACGCAAUUACGCACGCUUCUCGCCGCGAGUAAAACCGCUCGGGUGAUUAGCUCUGCUCUUUGAGCAGAGCUGCUCGCUCAACGUGCGUUUUCUAACAAGCGAGAGGAUCGAUUUGCUGUGCAAAAGUAUAAUGAGGCUUCAUCGCCGUUUAAGGACAAUAGGCCGUAAAGCCGAUGUCCGCGAUUGACCAACGGCAAUUGCCACGCAACUGCAGCUUUCCGAUCGCAAAAGAAAUCAGCGCAAUGGACUUUACACACCCUUCUCGACACGCCCGCGACGCAAGAAAAUUGCACCCUUUCUUCUCCCCCAUCCCUCUCCGGAGGUUCUUGACACGGUAACGACUCGAAUUUCGUGGUUUGCCAAACAGGAAGAAUUUCAUCUCGUCUCGCCGUUGCAACAGCUGCAUUUUCACUUUCUUCUCGUUAACGGUCGUGCCGCGCAAAAGAGUCGCGCUUCUUCGAGUAAGCUAAUCGAGACCUUCCGGCUCAACAGGACAACAUAGUAAUGUUUUUCGCGAAUACGACGAGCUCCUAUUAUAAAAUCGUUAAGAAACAAAAAGGACAUAAGAAAUGAGAACACUUGCGGUCGCAAGAUUUGCCGAAUCAUUUGUAUCAAUGGAAGGCGGCUACAUGCGGAUUUCUAUCGAAAUGUAAAUAUUUUAAAAAUCAGAGCAUCAAGCAGGAGGUAUUCAUGACGGAGUCAUUAGGCUGCAGCGUCACGAUCGAGAUCACUGCACGCCGGAAGUAGUAAGACACGAACAGAACCGCGGCUCUUCAACCGAAUCUCGAGCAUAUCGCGGGCGAUCUACGCUGGCGAUCUGUGUGCGCGCGGCCUAUGAGGAACGCACAAUUCGAUUUCGCAAUGAGCACGAGAGCCGGUCUUCUCCGUGUUAAUUAAAUGCAAGAAACCGCAAGAGCUGACCAAGUAAAAGAUAAGAGGGACUUGCGUGCAUGCGGAUCCUGCGAGCGAGUACGAGCUCCUUUGAGCGUGCAAGCGUCACGCAGAAGAGCGAGCAGGAGAAGAAGACGAAAAGGAAGCGGCAGGCAGGCAAGCAAGCGAGCAAGCGAGCAAGCGAGCGAGCAAACGAGCGAGCAAGCGGGUAAGCGGUGGUAGCAGAAGAGGUGAUCAUAACGCCAACUCUGCCGUAUAAGACAAUGAUACAGUUAGACGAUGCUCCCAGUUGUGAGUCAAUCGUAAGAGGAGCCGGGACAGACAAGGGGCCCGUACGCGAAAGUAUAAUGAACCGCGGCAAGGACGAUACGCUAAUUAUGCUGGGUCCGCUAAUUAAAGGCGCGAACGCUCGUUAAUAUCGGCGGAAGCGGCCGCCAGAAGGCAGACAUCCGUGCGCGGAUCGAUCGCGAUCUUCACUUCGCCGCGAGCUAUCGAUCGGGGAAGUGAUCGAACGAGGAAGAAGAACCUCGUGGAUGACACCGAGGAUCCGUUUGUUAUUGUCAAAGAUAAGAACCUGACGUUUGAUUAACAAUUUUUUAACAAUUUGGUUGUUGUUGCUGUGAGUUUAAACUGUGAAGAAAUCCAGCCGGGAUUGUGGAUACUUUUAACAAUUCCGCGAUACGCGUAACGACACGCUGAGUUGCUUUAACGAUUUUUCCUGAAGCUAUGGGGAACCGUGGGGAGAUCGUGCGACGAUCAGUCCGAUAAUCGCAGCAAUCGUUGCAUCGUGCGCGCGUACCUUCCGCCGAACGGACACUCUUUCAGGGACGUCUCGUGUGAAUGAACCGUGAUUCAUAGAUCACGGAUAGAAUAGGACGCGAGAUAACGCGGCGGAAAGUAAUAACUGCUGCGCGUUCGCGUGUGUCUACUAAUGAGAGGCGGGGAAAGAGAAUAAGUCAGGACUAAUUGAAAUAUUGGAUGCAAUUCCUAUCGUAACGUUGUUAUCGAGGAUGCAUUAGACGAUCAUGUUAUAAUAACGAGAUCGGCGAGACUCGUUUCUUUGGAAGCCAUGAAAGCCGGGAAUUGUACGGCAUGUGAAAAAAAUUGUCACGUUCCUGGCGCAUAAGGAAUUUAUCGGCAGCGAUGGGGUGUCAACGUGGAUUUCUUCUUCUCGUCUGUUUCCUGCGGUCCUGUCAAGUAUCGCGCGCGAUCGAGCUGAUUUUCGAUAAUCAGCUCGUGGUCGUGGCGAACGAUUGCUAUACGAGAGUGGCCAUCGGAUCGAAAUUGCCGGACAUGGACGUCUUUACCAGCGUCGCGGUUGGCAGCGUCUCGGAAUGCGAGGACGAGUGCUCGAAAAGGAGGAAUCCCUGCAACGCGUUCGCUUUCGGAAUCGGCAUCAAAGGCAACGGGACAUGUGCGCUCAGCUCGAAAAUGCCACAGCCUGAGGACCUGCAAUUACACGCCGAUUACGACGUUUACGUGAAGAGUCAACGUACGCCACAAUGCGAGCCGGAUCAGCUCUACAAAAUAGGAAACGGCGGCAUCGGGGGGCAGAAAAGGAAAAAUGAGACAAGGCCGAUCACGAGAUUUGGAAGCGGCCUCUUAGGCCCGACAAUGCCAAGUGUGCUGUCAUCCCCGGGAACAAUGAGAACCAUGAUGCCCAGCAUCACCAAUGGUCCUUCAUACCAACAAGGAUUCACGCCAUCCUUCGACGAUGAACUUCGCGUCUCCGAUAUUCUUAGAAAUAGAAAUCUGGUGCCACCUAUUAACAAUCCGUUCGGAAUUAACAACGCGAAAGUUGACAAUCAUGACCUAUCGAUACCAGCGAACCAGAAGUUCGGCCAAAGGAUCCAUCCAGAUCCGACUUAUAGUCGCCUGGACUUUGGCGGAUCGCCCUUUCGGAAUCCCUUCAGUGAGAUCAGUCGCUUAAACUUUGCAUCCGACUUCGACAGCGAUCUUCACUCGUACAAGGCUCUGACUAUCCACAAUGAGCCCUUUGACCUAUUUUCAAGACCUAUUUUCGUCCACGAUGGAUCCUCGAAGAACAAAGUACCCGCGGAUUUCGGAUUUUGGACCACUCAUGAUCCGACAAAGUACCGCAAUGCAAUUGGGACACAUCUCGAUGGAUAUAAAAAUCAGGGAUUCUUCAAUGGCGUGUCCAAAGGUUCAGGAAUCACCGCGAGAACGAAGCAGAACGGACUGAUCGCAGGAAAUCACGAUGUCGAUAAAGGAUUUCGUCCAAUUGUCAAUCCUUACACUUUUGAGGCAAACGGGGCGAAAAUUUUGAAUGCGGGAUUCAGGGAUAUUUUUGAGACGUGGAAUCCAGAACUAUUGACUGCGUUUCGUGGCUUUGGCACGAAGAUCAGGCAGACCGAAAGACUAAAGUCAUGCUACAGAAGAUUGUUAUCCGGCAAGAAGAGUCGGGAGAUCAGGCGCGCCAUCGAGUGCGAGAGGCUCGAGGAUUGCCAUCGCGCCUGCGACUACGAGAAGCUCUUCGUUUGCGAAGGUUUCAAUUACAGACGCAUCGGACAUGGAACGAGAGGGAUGUGCGAGAUGACAUCAGUGCCUUAUUCUCGUACGGAUCUCCAUCGAGACUUUGUAUCGGAUCCUGAAUGCGACUACUACGAGAAGGACCCGAACUGCAUGAUAACUCCACCUGGAGGAACGCGACCGACCUGGAAUCGGUGGAAUCAACCUAGACCCAGCAGUCAGUCUUAUGGUCCACCUUACUCUAUCAAUAGACCAGACGUAAGACCUCAUAUUCCGGAUCGACGCCCUGUCAACGAAGUGCCACGACCCUUGGAUUAUGAUCAGCGGCCGUCGAAGGAAGUUCCGCGACCUUUGGAUUACGAUCGACGUCCUUCGAACGAGAUCCCGCGGCCGUUGGAUUACGAUCGACGUCCUUCGAACGAGAUCCCGCGGCCCUUGGAUUAUGAUCGACGUCCUUCGAACGAGAUCCCGCGGCCCUUGGAUUAUGGGCCGCGGCCCUUGAAUCACGAUCGACAGCCGCCACUGAUCUAUGGUGAUCGCGGUACGUACGAGGGAUUCGAUCAAAGAAAUUACCAAGAUGGACAAGGUUCAAUUAGGGGUGAAUAUCCGAGACCAGAAGAUCGAUUCGCCUAUGGCGGCCGAUUUCCACCUAGACGACCCACGGACGACAAAUUUUAUAACAAAGAUCUGCCAUGGGCGCGGUAUCCGGACAGAAGAAUUGAUCAUGGGCCCCCUUACGAUAUAGGCACAAACGAGAUCAGUUCGUAUUUGCCAGAUCAUCGUAAGGAUCGCGAUUGGGGGCUCUACGGCACCGUUUACGGCAGUUCUUAUGGCUAUGACACGAAUUACGUUGCGGACAAAUUCGACAUACCCAAGUACCAUCCGCAAUCGCGACCCAAACCGCGUCCCUACGAGAACGAUCAUUUUUAUGGCGAGUUUUACAAUUAUGGUGGCGCGUUUGGAUACGGCGAUAGUUACAUACCGGCCGACCAGGAUCCGAUUUACGGUGCAACCGGAAAAACCGAAGAAUGCUCCGUCCGGGCUGGCGCGGGAUUCAGGCUUAGCCGAGGGGUUGUGCGGAAGACGUAUCUCACGCCGAAUCUGGACCAAUGCGAGAGUCUGUGCAUUAAUGAGAAGAACUACGUCUGCAUGAGCUUCAGUUACAGAUAUAAUGUAGCACCCACGGAUCCUACGGACAAUUGUCUCCUGAGCGACAUCUCAUACAAAGACCUGAACUUUUAUGUCGACCUCGAGCCGGAUCGCGAUUACGAUAUUUAUGCCAUGAUUAAUUCGCGAACCUGCGGCGUGAGGAGAGAAACGAGUCCACAUCCCCCGGAUGAGUGCUUUUGGAGAGUCAGAAGCGGAUUCGGAAUGCCGACGGAUGUUGUUAAGAAGUCGAUGGUGGUUGAUAAUCUGGGCCAGUGUCAGGCAGAGUGUACGAUAGCGCAAGAUUUUACAUGCAGAAGCUUCACGUUCAAAUAUACAUUGGAGCAAGGGCAAUCAGAUUCAACUAAUUGUUACCUGAGCGACUGGCCCUCGCAAGAUAUCAAUCCUGCCCAAAUGCCGGACAUGGACGGCGCGGAGUUGUACGAAAGGGGUAGUUUCGGCAGGGGAUGCGAACUUUACGUUGUGCCGUUUUUCAAUGGGGCGGGGCGAUUCAACGGCAAACAGUUCAAGGAGAACGUGCAAGGAGACGAAGAUACAUUGUGUUACUCUGGAUAUAAUAAGCCAUGCAAACUGACGCCUUACGCCGUGCUCUUGGCAACGUGUGUCAAUUCCGAGCAGGAUUGUCGACAGAAGUGCUCGAAGAUGAGAGAAACCGACACUGUUCCAUGCAUGUCUUACAGUUACAAGCUCACUUCUCACGGCACAGAGGAAAACUGUUUGCUCAGCGACGUGCCUGUAAGAGAUCUACGACCUGGCCUAGACUAUGUAUAUGACGACAAUCAUGUUCUCUACUCAUGGAAGGACUUGGAUCCACAUUGCGUGGUCACCGGUUAUUCCAUCGAUGACGAUCGCGUAUUUGGCGGUCCGGGAUUGUCGAAACCGUUACUUCCGGGUUCUACGCGACCUGACUUUGGUCCAGAAACCAGUUACCCGAGCGUAAGACCUUACGGUACUCAUCCAGACCCAAGGCCUUUUUUUACGAUGCCGAAACCGACCAGUUAUCAUGGCAUGAAACCGUUCGACCCUGACAAACCCGAUCCCGUUGGAGUAUAUCGCCCUGGUGGAGGAUAUGGCAGUUAUGGUGGCAGUUAUGAUGACAAGUUCGAAUAUGGUAUUCGUCCCGGUGGAUUCGACCAGGGACUUGGGUCCCUUUACCCAAAUGAGUACUCGACCUUCCGCUAUUACACGGUAAACGGUCACCCGUGUAAAAGGGGCACAAAGUGCGAGAAGAACAAGAUCGCUGGAUUUUGGGCCUGCGAGACCGAGGGAGGCGAAUACGGUAGCUGGGAUUACUGCUGCGCACCGACGCAUCAUUGUGGCUUCUCGCAAGGAUAUCAUUAUCCAUGGUGUUACGUGGGACCGUCGGAGGAUCAAUGGCGCCCUUGCAGCGAGAAGUACUAUCCUUACAAGCCAAGUCCGAGACCGAUACGACCAAUCGACAGUGACCGUCACGAUCGUCCAUACGAUCCUGGAUACUACCAUGGUAGGCACUGGCCGAUCACGUAUCUCCACCCGCAACCGCCACCGAAUUGCACCGAUUCGCUCGCGUCUGCUGACAAUAGUGGAAAUCGUCGCGGCACGACGACCACGACGACGACCACGACCAGGACCCUCAUCACGACAGAAUUGCCAAGCAGCACGACGGUCAAGAGUGACGAAAACAGCACCGUGGCGACUACGAAUCGCACGCGCCGUCUGCAACGACUGCGAGUGCGCGACGAUCGUCAUGAGGUGAUCUUCCCGCGGAAGAUCGAAUCGUCGCGGAUCGUCGUGCCAAGAGCCGCCAAGAUCGAGCGGGUCUCGAAACUGACGACGAGUGUCGCCGAGCUAACAGUCGCUCCGCUCGCGACGACGAGUAGCGAUGUCGCGAAUAAUAGUGAGCAAAUGGUCAAGGUGCCCCUGAUUACGCCGAAUAAUUCAUUGUCACGGGGGCCGGGAGCUUAGGAAAUGGAUCUCUUGGGAAUAAUCUUGGAUAUGAUCUUUGGCGCCAUGAUUCUGCGGAAGCCUCAAAGGAUAUGUGAAAUACAGAAUUAUGUUAUGUGAAUCUGCAAAAUCGCACGAGAUCAGUCGAGGGACUUUUUGGGAUGACAUAUGACGCUAAUGAUACGUUUAUUUAAGGGACAUGCAGAAUUUAUAUUUAUAUCUGAUAAGCACGAUUAAUCGCGAUUAUUAAUUCUGUAAAUAUGUAGGUAGAUCUUAAGAGAGCAAGUGUGAAAUUAGCUUUUGAUCACGGUAUAGAGAUAGAUAAAAAAUAUUCGCGCGGUCUUUUGUUGCGGAUUAAAUUGCAGACGUCGCUGUUUAAGACACAGCUGACAUCAAUUAGCAAAAUACAUAUUAACUGCACCUGAAUGAGAAUGAUAAGAACAACGCACAAGAUUAUAUAAUCCUGCAAUAUCGUGAUCAUAAUUACUGAACUUUAACAAUUUAAUAAAACUCAAUCAUGAAAUUAGAACAUAUCAACAACGCUUUGUCAUAUCGUGUUCAAAUUGCAGCUAAUUGAAUUUUAUUAUUGUAGCGUCAAAUAACUAAUUGUAGCAGAGAUUCGUACAAUAAAAGUAAUCACAGUCGUCA